AGAGCUCUUCUAGAGAAGAAGCAGAGGAAGAAACGUCUUGAUCCCUUGAUGGUGCAGCCAAAUCCUGAGACAAAGCUGCGUCGGUCAAAGCCCAAAGAGUGUGAGGAGCAGACUCCUUUAGUAGAAACUCCUACCCCUUUCCACAGUGACGUUAUUUUACACGGCAUUGAUGGACCAGCUGCUUUCCUGAAAUCAGAAGUGCAAGAUUUGGGGUCCAAGCUCCAAACUCUGUCUACUGGAUCUUCCAAAGCAGAAGACAAUGCAGAUCAGGAAAAGGAUGGAGAGGCUCUAACAGACACAGCAGGCAAGGCAGAUCUGCAAGAAAUCUUACAGAAACGAGGAAUUUCAGGCAGUCUGAAUUUUGAUGAGGAAGACACAGAAGAGGAAGAAGCUAGUAAGAGACCAGCAUCUCAUUCACCGUGUCGUGAAUCUGAGAGGCCUAGUUCUGCAACCAGCGAGAAAUCUUUUGCAGAAACAGGUGCUUCCUGUAGUCCAUCCUCUCAGGCAGAUGCACAGCUGGGAGAAGUAGAGAACUUGGAGGAUUUUGCAUUACGCCCAGCGCCCCGUGGCAUUACAGUCAAAUGUCGAAUCACUAGAGAUAAGAAGGGAAUGGACCGGGGCCUUUUCCCUACUUAUUACAUGCAUCUGGAAAGGGAUGACAACAGAAAGACAUUCCUUCUUGCAGGGAGAAAACGAAAAAAGAGCAAAACAUCCAAUUACCUCAUAACAGUUGAUCCAACUGAUUUAUCCCGGAAAGGGGAAAGUUUCAUUGGAAAACUCAGGUCAAACCUCAUGGGAACCAAAUUUACCGUCUAUGACCAUGGAGUUAGUCCAGUCAAGGCACAAGGUCUAGUGGAAAAGGCUCAUGCAAGACAGGAGCUUGCAGCUAUUUGUUAUGAAACCAACGUGUUAGGAUUCAAGGGUCCCAGAAAAAUGUCUGUGAUCAUUCCAGGAAUGAAUAUGAAUCAUAAGCGAAUUCCAAUCCAUCCACGAAAUGAACAUGACAGUCUGCUGUCAAAAUGGCAAAACAAAAAUUUAGAGAACCUCAUUGAGUUGCACAACAAGGCUCCGGUCUGGAACGAUGAUACUCAAUCCUAUGUUUUGAACUUCCAUGGGAGAGUCACUCAGGCCUCAGUGAAGAACUUCCAGAUUGUCCAUGACAGUGACCCUGACUACAUUGUGAUGCAGUUUGGUCGUGUAGCAGAAGAUGUGUUCACUUUGGACUAUAAUUAUCCUCUCUGUGCUCUUCAGGCCUUUGCUAUUGGACUCUCCAGCUUUGAUAGUAAACUGGCCUGUGAAUGAAAGACACAUCAGACUUGAAACAUGGAACGCGCUCCCAUUCCUACAUCUAGUUGUAGGAGUACCAGGUGGAGUAAUGAAAAGCACAUUGGGGAUGAAAGGGAACUGGAGGACAGACUGCUGCAGGCUUAUUAGAAAACAAAUACCAGAUCUCAGAGAAGUUGACAUCUUAGGAGACUGUCCCAAGACUCAGAAGUCUUUG